GCACCGCACCGUCUCUGCCCUACGCCUGCAACACCCAUUACCAUUCCCAAUCCCAAUCCUCAACCCCGAUCCCUCACGGACCCCUUUUCACAAUACAAAUAACGGACAGGUCCCCCUCAUCUCUGAUUCUUCUUCAACACCUAUUCAUAUCAUCAAGGGGGAUUCAGAAAACAUGUCGACUUUCUUCUCUACCGCUAAACGCUCGUUCAAGGAUGUAGGUGUUGAAGGGGAGCAAAUUCAUACAACAGAGUUUCUUGAGGCUAGCGAGUCGGUCGUUUCAUUGUUUGACCUUCUCGGAUCAACAGCCUUUGCAGCUGUGCAGAAGGACAUGACCGGAAACAUCAAGAAAAUCCGUGACCGCCAAACCUCUCACCCAGAAGGAUCCGGAACCCUCCAGAACCUCUGCACAAGUGAGCUCGCAGAAGGCAAACACACAGCAACUGAAGGCCUCGUCUGGCUCCACCGUGGACUCGAAUUCACCGAAAAGGCCCUUCGCAAAAACGUUAACAACCCCACUGAAGAACUCGCCACCUCGUUCACUAAUGCCUACGGUGAGACGCUCAAGAAGCACCACAACAUGAUCGUCAAGGGCGUGUUUACACUCGCGAUGAAGGCGUGCCCGUACAGGGUGGACUUCUACAAGAAGCUUGGUGGAAACGAGACGGAAGUUAACACUGAGCUGGGGGAGUGGCUGACGGCUUUGGAGUUGACCAAUGGGAUUUUGUCCAGAUAUCUUGCUGGCGUUAGCUGGAAAUAGGACUGUUAGAUGUGGUGGUGUGCUCUAGAGAAAGACGGGGCCCUACGACCUAAUUUUUCAUGGGCAUGUGACCUAAGUCCUGGAAUAAAAGUGUUUGCCUAUGCGAUUUUGAGACGCCUAAAUUUAAUGGUUUACUGAGUCA